AUGUCGUCCUCCUCCUCAAAGAUGACACUUUUCUAUAUGCUUACUAAUUCUUUCGAAUUAUGGCCAGAUGCAUACGAAUGCUCUGAAAACACGAAAUAUCCGGAAACAAGGUGGCCCAAAUUUGGUAUCUACUUGAUUUCUUGUGGAUCAGUUUUGAUUGUUCUCUAUUCUCUUUGCUUCAUCGCAAUUCUCAAAGUGAAAAAGCUGACACCAGCCUAUCAACUUAUGCUCAUCCUCUCUGUGUUUGACAUAACUUCUUUAUCGCUGGGCUCUGUUAUCACGGGAUUCCUUACUUACCAUGGAAUUUUCUUCUGUCAAUACCCAAGAUUCUUCUACAUUUCUGGAUGUAUCGCGAUGUUUACAUGGUUGACCAAUUGUGUGACAUGCAUCAUUUUAGCGAUCGAGAGAUGUGCGGAAGUCAAUCCAAGAUUUUUCUUAUACUUUUUAUUCGAGAGAAGAGUUUUUAAGCUUGUUCUAUUAUUCAUAGCUGUCUACGGUGUCAACUCAUUGAUGUUUUCGAAACCAGUGAUUUUCAGUCCAGAGUAUAGUACCUUUGUUUUUGAUCCAAUGAUUGGGAAGGAUCCAACUCUCUACACAAAUUCUUGGCUCGCUGUCAACAAUUUGAUGAUAGCUGUCUCCUCAACAACUCUUUAUUUCUAUCUCUGCUAUUACCUCAUUUUCAAAUUCGGUUAUUCCACGUCGAUGUGGUUAUACAAGUCAAAGAGACAAAUUGUAAUGCAGGGAGUGAUAAUGUGUCUAUUUCAUUCCGCGGCAGCUUGUGUUUACGAGUACAUGACAUAUUUCCCGUCUCCAUUGUAUCUCAUCGUGACCGGACAAACACUCUGGCAACUUGCCAGUGGAUGUUUAUCAGUGGUCUACUUGACUUUGAACAGAACAAUAAGAAAUUCAGUUGUCAAAAUGGUUAUUCCGAAAGCAAUCAGAAAGAAAUUUGGUUUGCACAUCGGGGUUGAGGAGCACUUGGAAAUCGAAAGAGCGGCAGAUAAUGGUGGAGUUUCAUCGUUGAAUGCUGCUGGAUUUGUAGUGAAGUUUGAUAAUUUUGUCUGA